AUGGAGGAGCCGUCGAGUCCCGGCCCCAAAGACCCGCCAAAGUCGACGCGCUUCCUGCCGCGCUUCGACGCGCUAAAGGUUGCCGCGUCGUCAGCCGCUGCAAGCGCGAGCGAGUGGUCGAGCCGCGCGGCCAACGCUUCGGCGGAGGCCGCAAGGGUGGCUGGGGCACGGGCGGCCGAGGCUGGCGCGAAAGCCGCAGAUGCAGCGCGGCGAGCCGCAGAGGCGACAGCGGCGGCCACCGAGGCGGCCCGCGAGGCGGCGCGCGAGCGCCUUGCGCGCGAGGACGGCGGCGGGCCGCCAGAGCCGAGACGGUCGGGCUCCCUGACGCCUUCGGAGCGGGAGGCGGCGUUCGCGGCGCUGCUGCAGCGCCGCAGCGUCGCGAUGGAGCCGCUGCGGCGCCUCUGCUUCCUCGACGGCGUGCCGGACGGCGUGCACUCGACCUCGGCGCUCGGCACUGCUCUCAAGGCGCUCGGCACUGUGACGCCUCUUCUUCGAACGCAGGUGCACCGCGCGCUCGCCUGGAAGCUGCUGCUCGGCUACCUGCCGCAGCAACGGUCCGAGUGGGACAGCCACCUCCGCAGCAAGCGCCAGGCCUACGCAGAGCUGCGCGAGGAGGUGACGGCGAGGAAGCCGCGCGGGGGCGGGGGCGGGGGCGAGGACCACCCGUUGGGCGGGGACACGGCCGAGGAGGCGGCGAUGGCGGCGUGGCGAGAGGACGAGGCGCUUAAGGUCGAGAUCCUAAAGGACGUGGACCGGACGCUGCCUCAGUACAUGUUCUUCAGCACCGAGCUGCCGCACGGCGCGCUGCACGCGGCGGCCCUCGCGCGCGUCCUGUUCGUGUACGCGAAGCUCAACCCGGGCAUCCGGUACGUGCAGGGCAUGAACGAGAUGCUCGCGCCGAUCUACUACGCGUUCAGCGCCGAGCUCGAGGCGGCGCCCGCAGUGCAGGCGGACGCCUUCUUCUGCUUCACCGCGCUCAUGUCCGAGGUGCGAGACCACUUUUGCUCCAACCUCGACCACACCGCCCUCGGCAUCACGGCGCGCAUCGAGCGCUUCGCCGGGCUCCUCGCGGCCAAGGACCCUCCUCUCGCCGCCGCCCUCGACAACAUCCGCGUCGCGCCGACCUUCUACGCCUUUCGCUGGAUCUCGCUCCUCAUGACGCAGGAGCUCGACUUGCCGGACGUGCUCCGGCUCUGGGACUCGCUGCUCGCCGACGAGCGCCGCUUCGACUUCCUUCUCUACUUUUGCGUCGCCAUGGUGCUCUGCAUCCGGGAGGAGCUCCUCGAGCACGGCGACUUCUCCUACUCCGUCAAGGCGCUGCAGCACUACGAGUCCCGCGUGCCGCUCCACACCCUGCUCGAGCGGGCGCACGCCCUCUACGCCGCCGACCACCCGCAGCUGUACGCGCCGCCCGCCGCCCCGCCUCCGAGGCCGCCGCCGCCGCCCGACAGGAUGUCGAGCAACGGAGCCGCUUACCUGUGA